AUGUUAGCUGAUGUCCUCAAACUCUACAUGGUUGCCAGCAAAAAUGCUGUUUUCUUUCACCACUCGAUUUCCCGUCUUGCCGACCUUGGAAUAAGCUUACCGGCUCCAGAGCUUGAUGACCGGGUAGUCGAGAUUCCCUUGAGGUUCCGAGUUGCUGAAGGCUGGGUGUGGAAGGACGAUAUAGACUACAGAGGCACAGCUCGAAAGAGUAGCACCAUUGUUUUGGACAAACUCGACUCUACCAACCAAACAGAUGACGAGUUACCCCCGUCAGUUGCACAAGACACUGGGCUGGAUUACGGGCAGGGAAGGUAUCUUGAACUGGAAGGUGUGGAAGAUUACAUAUUGUGGCAAAAAGGAUAUCUGGAGCCCACGAAAAAACAAGUGAACAGAAAAAUCCGAAGCUGCAAGAAGGAAAUCCAAAAUGUUCUCUUUCUCAAGACGCACUACACCGGAAGUGACGUCGUCGCUAAUAUCCUCAGUCGUUUUGCUGAUCUACGUGGCCUGCGCAUUGCUCUUCCCAGCGGAGGCCUGUCGACGUUUUAUUGGCCUUCAAGAUUCCACUGGAAAUAUGUGGAUAUCAUGUUACUGGACGGCACUCUUCCCAAUAUACUUUGCAAUCACGCUCGAUUUAAUGGUGAAGUUAUGGACGAGAUUAUGCAGCCCCAAACCGCAUUCAUCACCAUAUUACGCGAUCCAAUGUCACAUUUUGAAGUAACGUUUCGAAACUUAAACUUCGCGGAAAUUUUAGAAAUGGAGGACCUUGGGCAACCCUAUUUGACGUUCUUGGAAAAUCCUGGAAAAUACAUCGGUAGGGCAAUACAGCGGAAGAGGUUUAAGGAUUCUCUCAACCUUAUCAAGAAUGGAAUGUUCUUUGAUCUUGGUCUGCGAACAACAGAUUAUCACAAGACAGAGGUGGUACGUGACGCCAUUUUGGAUAUUGACGAUAAGUUCACCCUGGUGCUAAUUUAUGAAUAUUUGGACGAGUCGCUGGUUUUGAUGAAAAGAAAACUGUGCUGGGAACUCGAUGAUGUGUUAUAUUUAAAGUUUCAUUAUCAACUCCACGGUGAAAACACACUUCACAAUAUCAAUAGCAACAUCACAGAACAAAUUUACCGCUGGAACAAAGCGGACGCCAUGUUGUAUCAAUACUUCAACAAAACGCUUUGGAAUGAAAUUUACUUCGAAGGAAAAGGUUUCGUGGAGGAACUUCGUGAGUUUAGAACUAAACACGAAGAAAUGGAAAGAGAUUGUUUGGGACUGCAACUGAAUUUGGAGAAAAUUGCGCUAAAUGCAAAUGUUACAUCAUUAAAUCGAUACUUUUGUCAAAAAAUGCUUUUUGGAGAGAUUGAGUAUGUGCACUACUUUCGACGAAAGAUGGAAAAUAACAAAAGGAAGACUCUCACGAACGGCAUUGCCGGCUCGGGGAAUGGGACGAGGAUAUUUUCGGAGCAUGCACAUGAAAGGAUUGGAGAAAAGACAAGUUUACUCACAAAUGAGACAGAUGCAAGUUCAGUUUCAAGUCGUUGACCAAGGACCGGGAACCAAAUUAAAAUGCUCUGUUAUUACGAGGCAUCUUUCGUUUUCCGAGCCCUUCCCGAAUGGGAAAAAGUGAAUCCGAGUCUUUAUGACGUACAACAAUUUAACGUAUAACGUAUUUUUAACAAUCAGGCCUCUAAAAUAAACGAGUUAUACGUUCAGAACCAUAUGAAAAGGUCGGGGAUCCUCGUCGCCUCGCUUAGGGGUGUAAAUAAAGGAUUUUGGUCUCACUUAGUGUACAUGACGAAACGCCACUAUUUUUUGUCUUUUAGAGUUGCACUCGAAGAGGUAACAAUUAAAAAACGCUCCGUUUUUAGGCUUGCAGUUCUGCCGUUCUCCUGAGUCCGGUCUACUAGCCCGGGCUCCCUUCUUUAACAGUGGCUGGUAAUCAAGCGAUUCAAGCUUAUUACGUUUUAAGUGUUGUCUUUAAUGAGUCAAAUAAAGCUUGAGCCACGCUCAGAUUAAUAUCUUUUAGGGGUUUAAUUCAAUUUCCCAACGAGCAUCCCCGACCUUUUCGCAUCGGAGUACCCCUCCCCCACCGGGGAAAAAUGUUACACCCGACGGGUCUGUGUCCCGUUAAUAUGCACUCCAUUAAUAUUUAGUUGUCUAAUAAAAAUGGCCUUUGGCGCAUUUUCUUCUGUUCUGGAAAGCACAUUAGUGCAUCUGUGUUGGAGUGUUUGAGUGCGCGCGGUAGGAACGUAGAUUGAAACGUCACUUUUUAAAACAUGAGGUUUCUUUUCGCUUUUCAAAAUUACAUUCACCUUUACUGAAAUGAAAUCCUCUGAGAAGUAAUUAACUUUUUCCCUUGUUUAUCAAAACAGUCAAAACAACUGUUUGUUCGUUUGAACUACAAUGAAACUAAAACAACGGUGGCACACACUCUGUCUUUACUAACUGUUCACUCGAUCAUUCACUCACUCACUCAUAUUCAUCGAGCCCAUGAGGACCUCUUGAGGCCGGUUUUCCAACUGUUGCUUUGAAAUAAUCUUUUCGUCCAACUGGAAAAUGAUAAAUACAGUAUAUGAUUCUCAUCAAGAAAGGGAAUUGACGAGAGGACGGUUCCUAGUCCAGGGAAACCACUAAAACGCAGUAAAU